AGGACGAUCAGUUGGAGAGGAAACCAUGGCCUCAAAUGCGGCCACUCUUCCUUACGCAGCAGCAGCAGCAUGCAUCGUCAUCGCAGUACUACCGUGGAUCCACGGCAUAGAAUCGUACUGGGGUCACCGCAGUUUUAAGGUCCAUUGUGAGAAGGGGAUCCGUCUUGGUGGCGGGGACGCCGGCUUGGGAGUCUCCCGUAAGACGUCAUCCAAAGCCCAGUGUCUGCGGAGCUGCUUUGCUCGCGCCGAGUGCAAGUCUAUCAGCUACUCGCCAAAGACGGGCCAAUGCUACAUGAGCGACUCCACCAAGGGUGUAGCUGGGACAUCUCAGGAUGAGGGAUACGUCUACUGCGGACCUGACCAGGAUGAAGUGUGGGAGAGAACCGCUAUUACAGUGGAACUCCCCACAACGACAUUGAUGCCAACCACACUGGAACCCAACGAGUGUGACAGUGACCCUUGCCAGAACGGAGCCGCUUGUAACGACGGCCCGGACAUGUUCACUUGUGACUGCGCCCCUGGGUACGAGGGAACCACAUGCAACACAAAUACUGACGAGUGUGGCAGUAACCCGUGUCAAAAUGGCGCUAAUUGUGUGGAUGCCGUCAACGAGUAUGCAUGCACGUGUCUCGCAGGCUAUGAUGGCGUACACUGCGAAACAAACAUCAACGAAUGUGCUAGCAGCCCUUGUCAAAAUGGCGUCUGCAAUGAUGGAGUCAAUAGCUACACUUGCACCUGUUCUGCUGGAUAUGAAGGGACUUUAUGUAACACGAACACCAAUGAAUGUGCGAGCAGCCCUUGUCAAAAUGGCGUCUGCAACGAUGCAGUCAACAGCUACACUUGCACGUGCACUUCUGGAUACGGAGGCACCUUGUGUGAUACAAACACCAAUGAAUGUGCUAGCAGCCCUUGUCAACAUGGCGUCUGCAAUGAUGCAGUCAACAGCUACACUUGCACCUGUUCUGCUGGAUAUGAAGGAACUUUAUGUGACACAAGUACUAGCAUUCGUCUGGCGAACGGUCCACUGCCCAACGAGGGCCGUGUGGAGGUCUACUACAACGGUGCCUGGGGAACGGUCUGCGAUGACGGUUGGGAUAUCAGCGACGGUCACGUAGCCUGCCAUGAACUUGGCUACCCGUCUGCUGCCCAGGUCUGGUCCUCUGCCUUCUAUGGACAGGGCACGGGGGCUAUACACUUGGAUGACAUGGCGUGUAGUGGCAGCGAGGCUAGCCUAGGAGCUUGCGGCCACAGUGGAUGGGGUUCUCAUAACUGCGGACACCAUGAAGAUUCGAGUGUCAAGUGCAACCUGACCUAAGAACUACAGUUCGAAAG